CACCUCUCACAGCUACGCUCACGGCCACACCAAUAUUAUCAUCAGCAUCACACAAUACGCUAAGUCCUGAUCAACUCUCCGCCGUCCGAUCUUCAUAAAAUGGCUGAGCACCCAAGGCAAUUGCAGGACCCGGCCCACCAACCCCGGUCCCACCAAGUUGUCAAGGCGGCCACUGCUGCCACCGCCGGUGGGUCCCUCCUGGUCCUCUCCGGUUUGAUCCUAGCCGGCACGGUCAUUGCGUUGACCUUAGCCACCCCGCUGUUUGUGAUAUUCAGUCCCGUUCUCGUCCCUGCGGUCAUCACAGUAUCGCUUAUUAUCAUGGGGUUCUUGGCCUCCGGCGGGUUCGGCGUGGCGGCGGUGACCGUUUUGUCGUGGAUCUACAGGUACGUGACGGGGAGGCACCCGCCUGGAGCGGAUCAACUUGACCACGCGCGCAUGAAGCUGGCGAGUAAGGCUCGGGAGAUGAAGGACAGGGCUGAGCAGUUUGGUCAGCAGCAUGUCACCGGUUCUCAGGGCUCUUAAGCUACCUCGAUCCACCGCCAUGUGUCCGAUCAUCUGUGUUUCUUUGUGAUGGAAGCUGUACGUACGGGUUCAUGGGUUGUCUGUGCUUCGUUAUUCUCUGUUAAUGUUGUUUUUAUGCUUUUAUGGGGUAUGUUAUGGUCUUUGUAAUGAAUUGAACCCUAUGCGGACUUAAAUUUCUAUUUUCGUUUUUUUUUUUUUUUCUUUUCUUUUCUUUUCUCAGUUUCCCUGCAUGCAUAAUAAUUGAGAAGCUUGAUUUUCUUA